CUUCCUGACAUUCCAAUUCACUAAGCAAGCAUUUCUUCUCUUAUCUUCGUUUGAGAGAAGAUGGGGAGGUUUUCAAAGAAUGUACGUGUUUUCAGUGCAUUGGCGAUAAUGGCGGUGUUGGUUGUUGGAGCUGUAGAAGCACGCCGUAUCGAGAAAGAUAGCUUUGUUGAUAACAUUGGUAGUGGUGGAGGUUUUGGAGGUGGCGGGGGCCUAGGCGGCGGUGCUGGCGCUGGUGGGGGACUAGGCGGCGGCGGUGGUGCUGGAGCAGGCGGGGGGCUAGGUGGUGGCGGCGGUGCUGGUGCUGGUGGUGGAGCUGGAGGGGGACUGGGCGGCGGUGGAGGUGCUGGCGCUGGUGGAGGGUUUGGUAAGGGUGGUGGACUUGGGGGUGGUGCUGGUGGAGGCGGUGGACUUGGUGGUGGUGGCGGUGCUGGAGGUGGUGCUGGUGCUGGCGGAGGGUUUGGUAAGGGUGGUGGACUUGGUGGCGGUGCUGGAGGUGGUGCUGGCGGCGGUGUUGGGGGUGGUGCUGGUGGUGGUGUUGGUGGUGGUGCUGGCGGAGGUGGUGGACUUGGUGGUGGUGGCGGUGCUGGAGGUGGUGCUGGUGCUGGCGGAGGGUUUGGUAAGGGUGGUGGACUUGGCGGCGGUGCUGGAGGUGGCGCUGGCGGCGGUGCUGGUGGUGGUGCUGGAGGAGGUGGUGGACUUGGUGGCGGUGCUGGAGGUGGUGCUGGUGGUGGCGUCGGUGGAGGGUUUGGUAAAGGUGGUGGAGUUGGUGGCGGUGCUGGUGGUGGUGCUGGCGGCGGUGCUGGAGGAGGUGGUGGACUUGGUGGUGGUGCUGGAGGGGGUGCUGGAGGAGGUGGUGGACUUGGUGGUGGUGCUGGAGGCGGUGCUGGUGGUGGCGCCGGCGGAGGGUUUGGUAAAGGUGGUGGAGUUGGUGGUGGCGCUGGUGGCGGUGGUGGAGUUGGUGGCGGUGGCGGUGCUGGAGGUGGCGUUGGCGGAGGGUUCGGUAAGGGUGGUGGAGUUGGUGGCGGUGCUGGUGCUGGUGGUGGUGGAGGAGUUGGAGGUGGGUCUGGUGGCGGUGGAGGAUUCGGAGGUGGGGCCGGGGGAGGUGCUGGAGGUGGUAAAGGUGGUGGUGGUGGUUUUGGAGGUGGAGUUGGAGGAGGUGAAGGUGGUUUUUAGUUUUAGAUAUAGAAGAGUCUGCUCUACGUGUAACUCCAUGCAACUACUGCAUGAAUGUAUGCUCAGUGUCCCUCCAAUAAAUAAUUGGCUAAUGAAAUAAAUAGAUGUUUCUUUCUA